AUGGAUUGGUACUCUUGGUUGUCUAGAACUGCCCUUGACCCCUCUCUUAUCCGUGACUAUGGCCUCGCCUUCUCCCGCAAUCAUCUCCAAAGAGAGGAUUUAGCACAGUUCAACCACCAGUUUCUUCAGAGCAUGGGCGUUUCGGUUGCCAAGCACAGGCUUGAGAUUCUCAAGCUUGCCAGGAAAGAAGUUGACCAGCCUUCUAAUAGCCAGUCCAAGCUCAUUUUGGCAAUCAACAAAACCAGAAAGUGCUUCAACAGGUGUGUUAACAAGUUGGUUCACCACCAGCAUUACGCAAUCGAGUCGCUUCCUGAGCCGGUUCGUUAUCGGGAUCAAUGGAGGGGAGUGUUGACAAGGAAGUGCAAGAGUGAAAAGGAGGUUAACAUAGAGCAGCCAGUGCCAAGAACAAGGAAGAUAGCAAAAUCCGGUCCCUUGGAUUACAGGGAACAAGAGAAGAAGCUGCUUGCUCCUCCUAGGAGCUUAAAAUUGUCCGGGCCUCUAGACAGAGAAACGCAGGAGAAGUUGGUGCUCGGUUAUAGGAGUCCUACACCAUCUGGUCCUAUUGAUGUUGCAGUGGCACAGGAGAGGCUGAUGUUCACAUGUAGGAGCCCAAAACUAUCAGCACCUCUUAACUAUGUAAGACCUCCAAGCCCAAAGAUUCAUGGUGACUACAACAAGGAAAAAGAAAGUGGGAACUAUGGUGAUCACACAAAAUGGGCGGCUAUGUUUCAGGACAUGAAACCCACUUGA